AUGGUGUGCAAAAAAUGUGAAAAGAAACUUGGCACAGUUAUCACUCCUGAUACAUGGAAGGAUGGUGCACGGAACACCACAGGAAGUGGUGGGAGGAAGCUGAAUGAAAACAAAGCUUUGACUUCAAAGAAAGCAAGGUUUGAUCCAUAUGGAAAGAAUAAGUUCUCCACUUGCAGAAUUUGUAAAAGUUCUGUACACCAGCCAGGUUCUUAUUACUGUCAAGGCUGUGCCUACAAAAAAGGCAUCUGUGCAAUGUGUGGCAAAAAGGUUUUGGAUACCAAAAACUACAAACAGACUUCUGUCUAGAUGUUCUGGUGAACUCUGGCUUUCUAUGGUUGUACUCUCUGCUUUGACUUUUCAAGGUAUAAUGUGGAUGGUCCGUCUUAUGAAAUAAUCUGUUUCAAGAUAAAUGAUUCAGUCUAAAGCAGGGAUGUUGAUCAAUAUCCCUUCAUUUGCUCUCAUGAAGCUCUGAACAGCAAUGAUAUAACCAGUUGUCUGCAUUAAGUGGUUAUUUUCCUUGUGAGCAUUUU